AUGCCUAACCCUCAAAUUUAUGAUGAAAAUAUUACUGCUGAGGAAAGGUUAAAAAUAGCAGAAACCAACAAUUUUGUGGGCCGAGUCCAAGAUUUAGUAGUUAUCGUGCGGAGAGUUCCGACCAACAGUAAAAUCAAUAUUCACAAAAGAUUUGGAAUGGGAGACGAGAGCGAAAAAGGCGACCGCGGCCAACGAUUGGAGCCCAAAGGUUUGGUAAUGAAUGAGACGUUAGCAUUGGAAACAGCCGCGGAAGUUCAGGCGGAAGUUGCGGCUACCGGCACAUUAAUAAUGUCAGAGCAGAAAGGAACUGUCAACGACCAAGAAAUUAUUUUAUCACCAGGAACUAAUUUGCCGAUUACUGGUCUUAAAGAAAAAAUUGUUGCUUGUGCUGAAAAAGGAAUUGAUAAGGUAGUACUCUCCAAAUAUCAGUCCUCACCUAAUCUUUUAGUCAAAAAGGAUGAAUAUAAUCCUUCAAAGGAGUUAACAUUUGAGGAUUAUCAAGUCGUAGUUCCACCCGAAAUUAAGGAUAAAAUAACCGCUCAUUGA